AUGUCAGUAUCGAUCCAAGACGCCAAAGUGCCGACAUUUGCGAACUUUGUAAUAGGCGGCAUAUCGGGAGUGGUAGCUCAGAUGGCAACGCAUCCUUUGGAUGUUCUUAAAAUACGCAUGCAAGUGUCGCGUAAAACUUUACGCAAUGCAGCUUUACAAACGUAUGGCAUGAACGGAGCUCGCAGUUUUUAUGUGGGACUGAGCGCGGGCCUCCUUCGUCAAUUGACUUAUACGACCAGCAGACUCGGAAUUUACAACACGUUGUUGGAUAUCGGGGAACAGCAUUUUGGCUAUUUAAAUUACGUAACGAUGAUUAGUCUCGGGAUGUUAGCCGGCAUAAUGGGCUCCUUUAUCGGUUGCCCCACGGAUCUGAUAUUUAUACGCAUGGUAGCUGACAUAAAUUUGCCAGCAGAGAAACGAAAUAAUUAUAAGAACGUUAUCAAUGGUAUGUCCGACGUGCGAAAAAUCGAAGGAUUUACUGCAUUAUGGAAUGGAGCGGUGCCGACAAUGAGCAGAGCAGCGAUUGUCAAUGGAGCGCAGUUAGGUACAUAUUCUAGAGCGAAGGUGAUGCUGCAAGACACAGGGUAUAUCCAAAACGGCAUACCAUUGCAAUUUGCCGCUGCUUUGAUAUCCAGUUUAAUUACAUGCUUCGUCUCGAUGCCAGUGGACGUUGCUAAAACUAGAAUUCAAAACUGGAGACAAUCAAGGAAAGCACCUAACAUUAUAGCUAUGAUCGUUAAUAUUAUUAAGAUGGAAGGUUUAAUAGCGUUAUGGAGUGGCUUUCUCCCAUCUUAUAUCAGAGCAACACCUAAUACCAUAAUUACCAUGAUUCCGAGUCGUACAGUUGUGUAUGUGGCUUGUCUUACGAGACCGGCUGACAGACCGUUGUAA